AUGUAUAUCUACUUUAAUUUCAGCGGCCCCGCCCUAGACUUAAGUGAUGUAUCGGAUGGAGACGACAUACCAAUUCAAAAGCUUGUUAGUUCAACAAGACCAGUUACUGGAAGAGCAUCGUAUCGCACGGAGAGUAGAGCCUAUGGGAAUUUUGAUCAUAAUGCCGCCAUUUAUACAAGUCGACACGGUAACCAAUUGCAGAAUACAAAAUAUAAUAUGGAUCCUGAGAGAGUACGAGCUAUCGAUGUUCAAAUUCCACAAGUGCCAAGAUAUGAAUCAGCACGAAAUCAAGCGCAAUCUACUCGUUUACCAGAUUCAGUCCGUCCUAAUAUAAUUGGGACUGGCCUAGCCCUUAAUGAUAAACCUACUACUACGUACCUUUCGAAUCAAAGGACAACGAGAAAAGCAUAUGAUUUGUCACUCGAAGAUUUUCAUCUAGCUUGGCUCGAAAGUGGAUCACGUCACGAUUCUUUACGAAAGAUAGAAGCAGAUAAUAUGAAUGAUAAACGAAAACAAGAAUUAAUGACAGAAACAGUGAUGGCUGAUCAAUUGAGUAAAUAUGUUUUAAGUGAUCCAGAACAAGAUUUUGAAAGAAACAGACCAUUUACUAUACAACAACAACCUAGGAGAAAUCUCGACAGACGUUUACAUGAAACAAGAGAUGGUAAAGAUGCGUUACGCGAUUUAUUUGGUUUUUAUUUUGUACUUGAUCGAACAUUAGCCAUUUACGAAUAUCGAAUAUUAGGAAAACGUCCAAAUGCUUUACCAUUAAUUCCACGCGAUCAAUAUUGUCAUUUAUCGGGUUACAACCAAGGACAACCAUAUACUUUAUUUGAUUUAUACAACAAUGCUCAAAUUAAAUUUGAAACACGAUUAAUAACAUCGUUGCCAGAAAAUAUUUGUUCUAAACCUGUUGUUAAAUUUACUAUUAUUUCAAUUGAUGAUUUAGAGAGACAGACCUUAUUACUUGAUGGUAUUCAGGAUGUUAAACGUCGUGAAAUCGUCUAUGCUGUUAAACAUCCAAAAUCGAAUGAACAAUUAGAACAUGAACGAUAUUUAAAUGAUCUACAUCAACUUAUUUAUCCACAAAUUAAAAAUCGAAUAUUAAUUGUCUAUACGGGUUUGGCAACAUUUUUUAGAAAACGUUCAAAAACAAAUGAUUAUUGUGAAAAAGAAGAUUUAUUAGCGGGUUUACAUGAAUUUAAAAUUCAUCUUAAUGCUGGACAUUUUUCAUACGCUUGGCAACAUAUUGAUACAAAUAGAAAUGGACAAGGUGAUUUUAAUGAAUUUUUAGCACUAGUAUUCGGAGAAUUAAAUGAAGUUCGAUUUAAUCAAGUGAGAAAGGCUUAUUUGCGUCUUGAUCCGAUGAAAUCUAGUCAAACAAACUUAGACAAAAUGAAAAAGUUUCUCAAUCUUUAUGGUCAUCCAUGUUCUGUACGAGGAACCAUGUCCGAUGAUAAAAUAUGGGAAAGAUUUUGUGAUACAUUUCGUUAUUGUAUGAACUAUCCACAGAUAACUUAUUCUGAGUUUUUAAACUUUUAUGAGGCUCUAAGUGUGAUAAUUGAUAAUGAUAACGAUUUUAUUCAUUUGAUAUGUAAUACAUGGAGUGUGUAA